GAUCUUAGAUGCUCUUUCUUCCCUGAGAAGGAAGUAAGAGCAAUCCAAUUGGAAGAACAAGAAAAUAAAGUUAGCAAAGUAGCAUGAAAGACUAACAGACGACAAAAUGGUUUUAAAUAUUGGAGAUACUCAGGAAACAGGGUAUGUUAUGUCAAUUGAGGAUGCUGAAGAGAUACGAGAAUAUGUUACUGACCUUCUUCAGGGAAAUGAGGGUAAAAAAGGCCAGUUCAUAGAAGAUCUUAUAACCAAGUGGCAAAAGAAUUAUCAAGACUCAAUAUCUGACCCCCUGCAGAUAUACAGAAAAAGAGAUGAAAUUUCAGAUGGCCAGAGAAUUGGGGACCAGUUGAAGAAGGGUAGACGCAAGGGGAGAAACAAGCAGGAGGUUCCUGCAUUUGCUGAACCUGAAUCAACUGUAGAGGAAGUCAAAACGCCACUUGAUUUAGCCAAGGCACAGGAGAUCACCAACUCUUCAAAGAAGAAGACAAAGUAUGUCAACUUGUAUACAACAGAGGGACAGGACAGACUUGCUGUCCUCCUCCCAGGACGACACCCUUGUGAUUGUCUGGCCCAAAAGCACAAGCUUAUCAACAACUGUUUGGUCUGUGGGCGGAUCGUCUGUGAACAAGAGGGUUCUGGACCAUGUUUGUUCUGUGGGUCUCUGGUGUGCACUCGAGAAGAACAAGACAUUCUUCAGCGUGAUUCAAACAAGAGCCAGAAGCUUCUGAAGAAGCUCAUGGCAGGAACAGAGAAUUCUGGUAAGGUCGAUGGGUUCAACAAGGAUCUACUUCCUCAUCAGGAAUCUCGGAUUAAGACUGGUCUGGAGAAGGCUGUAAAACAUAAAGACAAGUUGCUAGAGUUUGACAGAAGCAGUGUUCGAAGGACCCAAGUUAUUGAUGAUGAGUCGGACUACUUUGCCACGGAUUCCAAUCAAUGGCUAUCCAAGGUAGAGCGGGAAGCCUUACAGAAGAAGGAGCAGGAACUCCGAGAGCUGCGCCAUGCCUCCCGUCUCUCUAAGAAGAUUACCAUUGAUUUUGCAGGAAGACAGAUUCUAGAAGAGCAAAACCCUCUAUCAGAAUACCACAAUAAGCUGGAUGAGACAAUACAAGCUAUUAACUCAGGGGCCUUGAGUAAGUCUCUAACAAAACUGGAAGGAUCGACUGAAGAGCCUUUGGGAGUUCUAGUGAAUCCCCAUCUGCUCCAGCCUGCACCCUUGUGGGUAGACCAGACAAGCUCAGCCCCACAGAGGAAGACCCUUCUCUCAGCCAAUUCUAAUCUGGAGCUCAGCUCAGAGAGAAACCGUCUUCGAAUACAGGAUCGAGAAUUUCAGGAAAUCUGUGAUGAUGGCUGGUGCCUCAGCAUGCAUCAACCCUGGGCUUCACUGCUUAUCAGGGGCAUUAAAAGGGUAGAGGGCAGAACCUGGUAUACAUCUCACAGAGGAAGAUUAUGGAUAGCUGCAACAGCCAAAAGACCUUCCCCUCAAGAAAUCUCAGAAUUGCAGGCUACAUAUCGCGUUCUUCUUGGAAAAGAUUUGGAAUUUCCCAGUGAUUAUCCAUCAGGAUGUCUACUUGGUUGUGUGGAUCUGGAUGAUUGCUUGUCUCAGGAGCAAUUUAAGGAACAGUACCCAGAUCUCAGACAAGAAUCUGAUUCUCCAUUUGUCUUCAUCUGCACAAAUCCCCAAGAAAUGAUCCUGAAGUUUCCUAUCAAAGGAAAACACAAAAUCUGGAAACUGGAUUCCAAGAUCCAUCAAGGAGCAAAGAAAGGGUUAAUGAAGCAGAAAGCAACUGUCUGACUGAGAAAAGGAACCUACACUUUGCUAGUGGAGAAUCCAGAGUUGUGUGCUUCCUUUGAAGUGCAGGCAGUAAAAAUCCCCAGGCUGGAUUUAAGCGUUGACUCUCUCAGAAUAUAAACUCUUAACAAACUGUCUAAGUUCUUGGGAGGGUGUAGUGAGAGGGUGGAGGGAAAAGGCUUUCUUCACACAGUGGGCUUAAACCUUGCAUACUGUUUAUAAAAAUAAUUUUAAAA